CUGUGUUGAAUCGGUAUUCCAUUACCAUACGUUUCUAGUAGUUAUACCAAACGACAUUUGUAAUACACAAGACCCUCCCUCCCUCGCUCAGCAACCUCUGACCAUCGAACACUAAAACAUGUCGUUGCAACUUUAUACAGCGUUCUAUUUCUUUGAGACUUGGGUUACUAUUUCAUGCUUUUUGAUCAGCCGUGGAAAAUCAUCCUCCAGCGGAGAGGCUGACGUACGCUUAUCAGUGGAUUUAUGGGGUGACACGCCAAUGAGACCAAGCAAGCACUUACCGUUAGUGUCUGCAGCCAAUUUUGAAACAGUUGUCCAGAUCCAGCAUGGACGUCUUUCAUUCGCUCCCUACUACUUUUUUUUGAAGCUACUCGGAGUACUCAGUAUUAACGUAUUUCCCAACCAUUCUCCAGCUUCUUUCCCUUCUUCCCACCUCCUCUCCCCCACCUCCAUAAGACACAAAAGCAGUACUACUUGCCACUUUUACCUUUAUCCUCCCUUUGACCCUUUAUUUACCAUUUAUUACCAUUUCAAGUGGCUGCGUUUUGCGAAGCCCAUCGUCAUACGGCGGUCUUUUGAUUCCGCGCUGUUUCUCGCCCCCCGUCCCCUCUCGGCCAUUUACUCGUCUGCCUAGACUAGGAAUUUCACAGCCUGUCUCUUCGGCUGUCAGUCUUUCUGCCUGUCAGAUCAUGGAUGCUUGGUAGAUCUUGGCACUACUCGCACUC